AUGAAUUACUACAGCAAAAUUCGCAGACUGACCUCCAGCAUCUUUCCACUGAUGGUUCCGGAUCGCUACAGAGAGCUAAUGAGAACUGCCAGGCAGUGGAGACAAUGCAAGCUUUACAAGUGGCAUGGGUUUGCCCACAAAGAUGACCAGCCAAAGGCUGGUGAUCUCGCCCUAUUUUGCCCCGCAUGUCCGCAACCAGGUAUCAACUUGGACCGGUCCACCGGAACAGUCGCCCAGCCAGACAAUACACCUUCCUGGCUUAUGACUAGGUAUUUGGUCAUGGAUGGUAAUUUCAAAGCUGAGCACAUGCAUCCAGUGAAUCCAUCCGAUGAAGUGUCAUUGAUGGAUGGUCUAGCAUUCAUGGUCUCCAAUGAAAGAUACAAGAGUCAUUUGUCCAUUGCCAAAGACCAUGUCCAAAGGUCAGAUUGCAAUAAUCACCGGGCGGUCAAUCAAGCAAACGCCUCCAGGCAAAGGCUGGAAGCCACCAGUAUAGGAGCAUGUGCAUGUGCACGGCAUGGAUGUUUUGUCCCACAUUCCAUGGUCGACUUUCAGAAAGGCGAAAGGCAGAUGAACAUGGACUAUGCCUUAAGUCAAGCGCUCAACUAUAGGACUGAUGGAAUCUCUCGCGCCAUAACUUUCUAUGACAUAAAUUGUCAGUAUAACAAGUAUUUGAAGGACUGGAUCACUUCCAGUAUAUAUCUUUCCAUCCCCAUUGGUAUGGAUAUCAUUCCUGGAAUUGGUUUGUGGCAUGUACAUGGACAUCAAGAUAGCUGCUAUGUUCGGUAUGCAUCAAAUUUUAUCUAUGGGACUGGCAGGAUAGAUGGAGAGAUCAUGGAGACCCUCUGGGCACCUUUGAACAUAAUCUCCCCUUCAGCCAGGGACAUGGGAACUCCGCAUCGGAAGGAGGUAUUGGAUUAUCAAAUGAAUGACUGUAACUUCAUGAAAAUGAUUCGCAUAACAAAGUUUCUUUGCAGAAAGUUGAAAGAGGCCAUCAAGGGUGCUGCGGAGAGCAAACUUGCAUUCCAAAAUCUCAGUGAGACAGCCCACCCUGACAUUGUCAUUCUUUGGGAGGUAGAAGAGGCAAUAGCUCAUGCGAGCAGAGCGGAGGAUCCUACAGCUAUGGACAUUUAUGAGGUCCGGUUGGAAAAGGCUCCCACAAGAAAACAGCAGGAGUUGCGCCUGCUGCAGGCUCAAAAUCACCCUGAACAUCCAGUUAAUAACUCGCCCGGUCGACAAGGAGCUGCGACUUGGCUCGCCACCGGUCUCACCAUAGAGGAAUCCCAAAUCUCUCUUUUGGCUCGAUGCCGGGACAAGCUUUAUGCUCACAUCACAAGCUUUCUUGAAAUGGCACCUACUUAUCUUGGAGUUGAAGUCGAUGUCAAUGACCCGGAUUUUCUGGUCAAUAUUGUUGGCAAUUCACUCCAUGAUGAUUGUGAAGAUUACUCCGAUCUCGAUGACAAUGACAAUGCUGAUCCAGAUAUAAACGAUGCUUCCAUAUUUCAACCGGAGCUCACUGUCAUACCCCUGCCAUCCAACAUUGGUCAGGUCAAGUGCAAGGAGUUAGGCCUUACCGAUCUCAUGAAUGAAGAAAUAACCCUCCAUGAAGGCCAGGCCAAUGACACACUCCAUGCCAUUCGAGUUCAUUUGGGAGAUAAAGCUGUUAUAUUCUGCAAUACUGUCCGGUCAGCCAAGUCACAGGCUUCAUCUACCAGGGCAUGGACUCAAGUUCGCUUGGUGGAAACAGCGGUGAAUCUCAAUGCCAGUAUAUAUUCAAGAUGCCGGUCGCAACUGGCCAAACUCCCUGAUCAUGACCUGUUGAAGAAAUACCUGCCUUUGAAGAAAGAAGACUUGAAAGCAAGCUCUGCAGUGGCCGAUCCAAAUGCAUGUGGUCAGAGGGACACUACUCUUCCAUGGUUCAGGUCCUUGGAUGUUCAGGGCGACACAUCAGGAAACGACUGGAUGACGGAAUUUUACCGGGUCAAUUGGCUCCGGACAAAAGCACUGUGCAAUCGCUGGAACGAGGAGGUUAUUCUCGUAAAACAUGAAAUGAAGUGGUCUAUCAAUUUCUUUAACCACAAAGCCAAGGAAUGGCUUGGUCACAUGGCCAACGCUACUUCUGCAGGGCUCACCAGACAUACAUGUUAUGCAGCAUGA